AAUCUCAAAAGGAUUCAUCAAGCGAAGGCAAACAAAAUGCUAAAGAUAACAGUGGCAACAGUCAAUCUCAAAAGGAUUCAUCAAGCGAUGGCAAACAAAAUGCUAAGGACAAUAGCAAACAAAAUGCUAAGGACAACAGUAGCAAAAGCCCAUCUCAAAAGGAUUCAUCAAGUGAUGGCAAACAACAUGCAAAGGAUAACAGUGGCAACAGUCAAUCUCAAAAGGAUUCAUCAAGUGAUGGCAAACAAAAUGCUAAAGACAACAGUGGCAACAGUCGAUCUCAAAAGGAUUCAUCAAGCGAUGGCAAACAAAAUGCUAAGGACAAUGGCAAACAAAAUGCUAAGGACAAAAGUAGCAAAAGUCAAUCUCAAAAGGAUCCAUCAAGCGAAGGCAAAGAGAAUGCUAAAGACAACAGUGGCAACAGUCAAUCUCAUGAGGAUUCAUCCAGCAAAGGCCAAAUCAACACUAAAGAUCCUAAUGCUAGACGUCAAUAUUAUAAAGAUUUAUCCAGCGAAUACAAAACAAGUGCUGAAGAUCAUACUGAAAAGGGUCAAUCUCAAGAGGAUUCAUCCAGAAAAGUCAUAAUGAACACGAAAGAUUCUAAUGCCAGACGUCACUUUAAUAUGGAUUUAUCCGGCAAAGACAAAACUGGUGCUGAAGAUCAUACUGAAAAUGGUCAAUCUAAUGAGGAUUCAUCCAGGAAAAUCCAGAUGAAUGCUAAAGAUCCUAAUGCCAGACGUCAAUAUCUAAAUUAUUCAUCUGGAAAGGAUGAAACAAACACUGCUGGUCACACUUACAGUAGUGAGUCUGCAAAACCCAACAACCCAACUGCAAAGCCCAACAACCCAGCUGAGAAACCAAAACCCAACAAUGCAACUCCAAAACCCAACAUUCCAACUCCAAAAGCCAACAACUCAGCUGAAAAACCCAAAACCCCAACUCCAAAACCCAACAAGCCAGCUGAAAAACCCAACAACCCAACUCCAAAACCCAGCAACCCAGCUGAUAAACCCAACAACCCAACUCCAAAAUCCAAGAACCCAGCUGAAAAACCCAACAACCCAACUCCAAAACCCAACAACCCAACUCAGAAACCCAACAACCCAGCUCAAAAACCCAACAACCCCACUCAGAAACCCAACAACCCCACUCAGAAACCCAACAACCCCACUCAGAAACCCAACAACCCCACUCAGAAACCCAACAACCCAACUGCAAAACCCCAAAACCCCACUCAGAAACCCAACAACCCAACUCAGAAACCCAACAACCCAGCUCAAAAACCCAACAACCCAACUCAGAAACCCAACAACCCAACUCCAAAACCCAACAACCCAACUCCAAAACCCAACAACCCAACUCUGAAACCCAACAACCCAACUCCAAAACCCAAGGCACCUAUCCCUCAGACAACUGCUGCAAAGAAUAAAGGAAAUGCAAAAGCAAAAGCAGGUGCAUAAAUGUUUGUGAAUGUUAAACACAAAUUCUAUCUAUAUUUUUAUUGCUUUUUAAUUGUUUAUGUUAUCAGUGAAUCAGGGUCAUGGACCAGUUUACUUUACCAGUGUCUUUUGCUUUUACCUUUGGUUAGUGCAGGGCACUUUCUGUUAUUAUUUUCUGUAUAGACCAAUAGGUUGUUGACCAA